GCAAGUUUCUGCUAUGAGUCAUAUUUUGGUGAAGUGGCUAGGAGAAGAAAAAUGGGAUGUCUACCCUGUACGAAGCAUCGUGGAUCCAUCGGUUGGUCUGCGGCUGCUAACAGAGCCUAACGCAAUCAAGGAUUUGCGAGGUUCAAUUGUGCGUGUAAGCUGGAAAGAAGGCGAAACACCGGCUUCCGCAACGCUGCUUCAUUUCGGGAAACCACAGACGCUGGAGAAAAAGCGAAACAAACUCGUGGCGUCAGCUUCCGAGGAGACCCCAGACAUACCGUGGGAGGAAUCCGAGCCACUCACUUCCACUGCAAGCACUGAUGACUGCAGCAUGUGUGCAACCAAAAUUGAGGCCCUGACUGCUGAAAACCUCAGGCUAAAGGACGAAAAUGACGCCCUGAAAAGGUCGCUAGAGGCAGCGGAGAAGGCAUCUGAGCCAGCGAAAAUGGUAAAAAGGCUGCGAAAGAUACUAGACAAGAGAGACAUGCCAGAGGUUGUACUACCGUCUCCGAAGGUCGACAUCGGCAGCGGAGUACUCGUUGAACAGAACAUUAUUGAGAGAUUGGAACGCAGCUGUCAGAGUGGCCCUGGGAAGCUUGCGCGCUCUCUCUUGCGUCAUGUGUUUGCCGAAGAAGAGUUGCGAGGAAGAUCCCUCUUUGGUAUGAAGAGCAAUGCUCAGAAGGAGAGACCAGCUAAAGAUGCCCUCGACCCGAUACGCGUCAAUGCUGUCAUAGGCUACACAUGCAGCAAAUUUCCACAAGCAAGUGUGGCAUACAUCAAAAAUAGCCUUGCAUCACUCUUGGCCCGGGAGAUGAAGUAAAUGAAAGGGAUGUCAAACCCUCUACGUUCAUGUCAUCUGUAGGACAUGUUUUCAUAAUGCUGUGAUAACACUGAGUGUGCACGGGUAGUACACGGGU